AUGCCUCUUAUCAACGAGUCCCAUGAUUCCCUCCCCUACAUCGAGCCGGAGCCUUCCAGCCAGGCACGCGCAGCUGCGGAGAAGCUGAUCAUCGCGGAGCUUUCUUCCGACUAUCAGACUACAAUCCAUCCUUUGAUCCCUGCCUCGGUUGAGCCGCGGUUCUCUCCACUCAUCCAGCAAGAGAUCGACCGCAAGGCCGCUGGGCUGCCCUGGACCAGCGGCAUCGACCUGGCCCGCUAUGAGGCCCCCGAGCCACCUGCCAGAGCCGCGGACGGAACCCCUGACGUGGACGAGUGGCGGCGCGUGCUCCAAAAGGCCUACACGGCCAGCUCUCACCUGUCCAUGAGGCACGAAAACUUGGCGCUGCUGGAGGAGAACGGCAAGAAUGCGUGGCUCAUUGGCAACUCCCAGCUGGAGGAAAUCCUACGGGGGCUGGAGAAGGAACUGGCUGAAACGAAGGAGGCAGCAGAGUCGGUCAACAAGGAGAGGAAGCUUGCCCAGGAAGCGAACAAAGGAGAGAUUGCGGGGCUGGAAGAGACCUGGAGACGGGGAGUCGGUGCAAUCCUCGACGUCGAAUUGGCUGCGGAGGGCCUGCGGAUGCAAAUUCUGGAGCAGCGGCGUCAUCUAGCGCAGCAGCACGCGCAGUAA